AUGGACAAAUAUCUGCGGACUUGGAGACAAGAUGCGUUGAACAAGGGCCAACAUGACUCGGCCAUUUAUAUUGGAGACAAGGUCCUCGCUCUGACAAACAGUGAUGCCGACGCAUUCUGGCUGGCCCAGGUGCAUUUUGGAAACAACAACUUCACUCGUGCCCUUGCCCUACUUUCCCGAAAAGACCUCAUCAACCGCAGUCUAUCAUGUCGAUACCUCGCCGCGCACUGUUACAUCAAACAGGGCAGAUACGAACAAGCCCUGGUCAUCCUCGGCGAAGAGAAUCCCACGCAUCUGAUCACCACGUCGCAUAAUGCACGGAGGAAACUGGCACAUACCAAUGGCAACUCCCACAAGAGCAUCACCCACAGAGGUGGCAGAACGCAAAGAGACCGGAUAGAACUGAGCGAAGAGCGUGAACGGGACCGGGAGUCGGAAAAAGAACUCAAGUUCCAGGCGGGCAUGUGUUAUCUGCGAGGGCUAUGCUUUGCGAAGAGAAACGCCUUCGAUCGAGCCAGAGACUGUUAUAAAGACGCCGUGCGCAUAGACGUGCAGUGUUUCGAGGCCUUUGACCAACUCAUGCAGAACUCACUGAUGUCUCCUGCCGAGGAAUUGGCCUUCCUGGAAGAGCUAGACUUUGACUCCAUUCGGGUGGAAGACCAAUCUCUAGCACAGGAGGCAGCACAUUUCACGAAACUACUCUACACCACCCGCUUGUCAAAGUACUCGUCACCGGCCACUCUGGCAAAUGCCACCGAAACCCUGUCCACGCACUACAACCUCGCCUCGAACGCCGACCUACUCCUCACACGAGCCGAGACGCUCUUCACACAGUGUCGAUUUCACGAGGCUCUUGCCAUAACCACCAGCAUCUUGAAUUCUCAGGAUAGCUCGACUGGCUCGACGGACAUAUCUUCCACCAACACUAAUGCCUCUCUCGGUCACACUCCUCGGCUGUACCCGCUGCACCUUGCUGUCCUUUAUGAGACUGGCGCUCAUAAUACUCUGUUUCAUCUCUCGCAUACCUUGGCCACCCAUGCGCCCCACGAAUCCUACACCUAUCUAGCAAUAGGGACCUACUAUUUGUCCACCUUCCGCAUAGCCGAGGCGCGCCGGUUCUUCUCCAAGGCAUCGUUGAUGGAUCCACACUCGGCCGCGGCCUGGAUCGGGUUCGCCCACACUUUUGCUGCUGAAGGCGAACAUGACCAGGCAGUGGCCGCUUAUUCUACAGCGGCAAGAUUGUUCCAGGGCAGUCAUUUGCCCCAGCUCUUUCUGGGCAUGCAACAUCUCGCCCUGAACAACAUGCAGCUUGCCUGGGAGUACAGCCUCGCAGCAUUCCAGAAAAGUGGGGGUGGUCUCAGCGGCGGGACCGAGAAAGAGCUGACCGAAAGGAUCUUCAGCAGCACUGCCUCUCUUGGGGGCGAUCCGCUGGUGCUCAACGAGAUUGGCGUGAUCCUGUACCACCAGUCCAAUCUUCCCGCGGCGGCCAAGCUGUUCCAUCGAUCCCUCGAGCUGGCGUCGGAGUUGGGCUUCGACAUGACCUCGUGGGUCGCGACACGGGCGAACUUAGCUCAUGCGCUCAGACGGCUGGGCAGAUUCGAAGAAUCGUUGGCCGAGUUUGACGAAUGCCUGCGGACCGCCACGGGAGGCGCCGCUCCAGCCUCAGCCUACGAGCCUGGCCAUGGCAUGUCGGCUUUUGCACAUUUGAGUCUUGCCGGCUCAAGCACGGGUCUCAACCCCAGCGGUGCUGCCGGGGGCUACGACGAGCGGAACCUGAUCGGCAGCAUCCAUACCAGUCGAGGUUUGGUUCUGCUGAGCAUGGUCGGGCGCACGAGGGAGGCUGUCAUGGCCCUCCACGAGGCCGUCCGUGUCCUCGGCGGAGACGCCGGAGGGGGCGGUGUGGCCGGGUCGCUCCUCAGCCGUGCAAUGGAGUUCUGGGCCCUCGAGGAAGACCAGGAGUCAGAUGAGAACGAGGACCCGAUUCCGUUUUCACGCGAUUCCGCCGCUGGCGCGCCGCCGUCCAGAGGCCGAGGAAAGGAUCUCAAUGCCUUUGCGGAGCCCACUUCAACGCAUUCCACUAAUCAACGUAAAGCCGGCCAACGUAUGGACGGAGAUGCCGAUGAGCUUCUCAAUGCAGCCUUAGCCGCUGUUCGAUGA